AUGAUCCUGAUGGGUGCAAUGGAAUCAACACUAGAUUCUUUAACACAAUUAUCAUCAUCACCGGCAUUUUCAUCAUCGUCAUCAUCAUCGUCGUCGUCGUCGUCGUCAUCAAAAGAAACACAUAGUUCAUCGAAAACAAAUCCAAAACGACGACCAUCAUCUACAAAACAUGAUCGUGAACAGCAACAACAACAAGAACAAAAACCAAAUCUACGAAGACCAAAAUUAGUACAUCGUAAUGUAACACGUUUCUAUGAGAUACCAUUUGGUCCAUAUCGUCGUCCAGAAGAUGUAUUACGAUCAUUUGGUUAUGAAUUAAUUCGUGAAUUAGAUCGUGGUGCUUAUGGUGUUGUUUACAUUGCACAUGAUCUAAGAAAAGAAAUGAAAGUGGCAUGUAAACAAAUUGAAAUGGAUCGAACAUUUCAUCGUAAUGUGUUUGAAGAAAAUAAAAACGAACUAUUAACUAUUGAACGUGUACGACAUCCAUAUGUGAUAAAAGUUUAUUGUCAUUUUGUUGUACAAGGUAAUGGUUUUAAUCGAAUGUACAUAUUUAUGGCAUUAGCUGAUGGUGGAAAUUUAUAUAAAUUCAUUCGAAAUCGUAAUACACUUAUUACGGAAGAAAAAUGUCGUUUAUAUUUUGCACAAAUUCUUUGCGGUAUCAAUCACAUGCAUUCCGUUGGCAUUGCACAUCGUGAUAUUAAACCACAAAAUGUUCUUCUUUGUUCAAAUCGUAAUUCUAUUUCUGGUGAUUAUCUACUAGUUGUUACAGAUUUUGGUCUAAGUAAAGUCGUUACUGAUCAACAACAAUUAGCAAUGUCUAUUUGUGGUACCGGUUUUAUGGCCCCCGAAUUAUUACAAUCAAAACCAUAUAAUCCAUUUGCGGCCGAUGUUUGGGCACUGGGCAUUACAUUAUUUCAAAUGUUAUCAAUGGAAUUACCAUUUAAUUUUCAUCAACCACAAGAAUUUAUUAUACAAUCAAUGAUGGAUAAAAAAAUAGCAUGGGAAUCGGCAUUUCGUAAAACACGACAACAGCCAUCAAAUGAAUAUAAACAACUUGUACGUUCUAUGCUUAAUCCAGAUUCAAAUCGUCGAAUACGUAUGAUUAACAUAACCAAUCAUCCAUGGAUUGUACGUGAAUAUGCAAUGGCCGAAUCGACUAGUCGUUCAUUACGAUCAUCAAUGCGUUCACAUCAUCAUCAUUAGUAAUAAAAUAAUAUAAUAAUCAUGAUAAUUAAAAUAAAAAAAUAUUUUU